AUGUCUCCCGCUGCGCCGUUACCCAGAUUGCGCGAUCCUGCGGUGAACGGCACCACAACGACGACAUGCUUUAUUUCUAAUCUCCACUGCCCGUCAUGUGUGGACGGUAUCCAAGCCUCUCUCACCGCGCUCUCACCGCCGCCACAAGACGUAUUCGUCUCCAUCGUUUCACAUUCAGUGGUUGUACGCCACGCCGCUUCUCUCAACCUUGACGACAUCACCGUCUCGCUAGAGGCUGCGGGAUUCGAGAUACACAGCGUGUUUCAAGACACCAAGGCUGUCCGGAGUCCGAUCGAGGUUAAGAACCCCGAGGGUAAGAGCAAGGAGUGGCACACUAGCUUUGAACGCGCCGUCAAUCACUGGUUACAUCCUGCUGCCGACCUUGAAGACUCACACGACGACAUGAGGAAGAAAGAAACUCACCUAGCUCAGUGCGAGCAGUGCAAAAGAGAAGGUGGUGGGGUUAGCUUGCACGGCGACGAGUUGCUGCGAUUCAAGCCUGCGCCUAUCGUCACGACUUCACCCAGAGGUAGCUCCGAUGGCUUCUCGUCGCCCGAACCGAAGUCGCCUUUAUCCGAGGCCUUCGUUACUGUUGACUCGCCUGCGGCCCCACAAGUCUACAAAGCAACGCUGUCUAUUACCGGCAUGACGUGCAGCUCAUGCGUCUCUGCCAUCACGCACGCGGUCCAGGAACUGCCAUGGGUUCAGUCAGUCAAUGUCAAUCUCUUGACUAACAGCGGGGUGAUAGUCUUCAGUGGCAAAGAGAGUUGCGAGGAGCUUGUCGAGACGAUCGAAGAUUGUGGGUUUGAUGUCGCAGUAGAGAAGCUCGAGGAUUUGCAGACUACAUCGCCCGGAGCUGUAGCCGCAUCGAAACAACAGAGCGAAAGGUGGCGCGCAACAUAUUCCCUCGGAGGUCUGACGUGCUCCGCCUGUGUCGGAAACGUCAACCAUGCGCUACGACCUUUGACCUGGAUUGAGAAGGUCGAUAUCAACCUUAUCUCGAACAGUGCCACCAUCAUAUUCAGAGGCAAGGAACAUCUGCCAGAGGUCAAGGAAAGUAUCGAGGAUGUCGGGUACACCGCUACCCUCGAUCAAGUUGUUCAAGAAGGGACCACAGUGACCGACACCAUCGAGCGUUCAGUCGCGAUUCGCAUAGAUGGUAUGUUCUGCCACCACUGCCCAGAUAACAUUACCCGAGGAUUGCAAGAAGCGUUUGAGAACGAGCGCAGUUUUGUAAUCGACUCUCCAUCACUAUCGCUUGAGCAACCCAUUCUGCAUAUCAGAUAUGUACCGGACCCUCCUCAUUUCACGAUCCGAAAGAUCUUUUCGACCAUCAAGAGCCUCAACCCAGCGUUCCAGCCUUCGGUCUUCCACCCUCCGACACUGGAAGAGCGCGCGCGCGAGAUGCAUGCGGAAGAGCGGAAACGUAUCUUGUUCCGCCUCAUUCUAUGCAUCGUGGUUGCGAUUCCCACGUUUAUCCUAGGAAUUGUCUUCAUGAGCUUGAUUAGCUCUGAAGACCCUAUACGCACAUACUUCAUGGGCAAAAUAUGGGCCGGCAACGUCACUCGAUUAAGCUGGGCACUGUUCUUCCUCGCUACGCCUAUCUACUUCCUCGCCGCUGAUACAUUCCAUCGGCGUGCACUGAAAGAGCUGAGAUCAAUGUGGCGACCAGGAAGCCGGACUCCUUAUCUGCACCGCUUUACCCGUUUCGGCAGCAUGAACAUGCUCAUCUCACUCGGUACGACAAUCGCAUACCUGGCAUCAAUCGUAGAGCUCAUCUUGGCUGCCACGAAGAAGUCUUCUGGUUCCAUGAACGACUCUUACUUCGAUGCAGUAGUCUUCCUGACGAUGUUCUUACUCAUCGGCCGUUUCUUGGAAGCUUAUAGCAAAGCCAAGACUGGCGAUGCUGUCACCUCGCUUGGAAAGCUUCGGCCUAACGAGGCUGUUCUUAUCGAUGCGGAGAAAGGCGAUACUAAGGUCGCUACCGACCUUCUCGAGGUCGGUGAUGUCGUUCGAGUCCACAACGGCACUUCGCCACCCUUCGACGGAGACAUUAUCGAGGGCAGCUCUAACUUCGAUGAGUCAAGCUUGACUGGCGAGUCACGUCCGGUCAAGAAGACAGAGCAUGAUACUGUAUUCUCUGGUACAGUGAAUAAAGGUUCACCGGUCAAGAUCAGGAUCACGACAGUAUCGGGUACUUCCAUGCUGGAUCAGAUCAUCAAUGCUGUGCGAGAAGGACAGUCACAUCGCGCACCGGUGGAACGUGUCGCUGAUACUAUCACUUCGCAUUUCGUACCUUUCGUCAUCGCUGCUGCCAUACUCACCUGGCUUGUCUGGCUCAUCCUCGGUACUACUGGUGCGAUACCGAGCGAUUGGAAGAAUGAAUCUGCUGGCGGCUGGGAGCUUUGGUCUCUUCGCUUUGCCAUUGCCGUCUUUGUCAUUGCUUGUCCUUGCGGUAUCGGACUAGCCGCACCCACUGCGCUCUUCGUGGGAGGCGGACUAGCUGCCAAACACGGUAUUCUUGUCCGGGGUGGUGGUGAAGCUUUCCAAGAAGCCAGCUCACUCGACUGCAUCGUCUUCGACAAGACUGGCACCUUGACACAGGGUGGCGAUCCGGCAGUAACGAAUCACAAGUUUUCCAACGACCAGAGCGCUGCACUUGUGUUGGGCAUUGUCAAGGCAUUGGAAGAGAACAGCAACCAUCCUAUCGCUCGAGCGCUAGUCUCUUUCUGUAACAAAGAGACCCACAACACACCUACAGCAGUCAACGUCGAUGAGGUCCCUGGCAAGGGUCUCAAGGGUACUUUCAGGGUCGACGGACAAGACAUCGUGGCGAUCAUUGGUAAUGAAAGCUUCAUGGCUGACCAUAACGUCCCCAUCCUCGCCGACGAUGCGUCAUCACUGCAGAAGUGGAAGUCACAGGGAGAUUCGGUCGCUUUAGUCGCCUUGUUUCUACCACGAACUGGUGAGCAAAGUGUGGCAGAGCAGUCCGAGCCAUCCAACACGUCGGAGGCCCUGUCACUCGCCGUCACUGAAGUUCAACCUGCGUCAUUCUGGCGACUCGUGUGUAGCUUCUCCAUCGCGGAUCCGCUCCGCCCCGAGGCACCAGGCGUCAUAUCAGCCCUACAGGCGCGCGGCAUAGACGUCUGGAUGCUAUCUGGUGACAACUCAACUACAGCCAACGCUGUAGGCGCGCAAGUCGGCAUCCCAACUUCCAACAUCAUUGCCGGCGUCCUCCCAGAUCAGAAAGCCGAAAAGAUUAAGUACCUUCAGCAGACCCUCAUCAAGCCACACAAGUCUAUAUUCAACAUCCCCUUCCUACCUCGCAGGCAGAAAAGGCAGAAACGCGCAACUGUCGCCAUGGUAGGUGACGGCAUCAACGACGCACCCGCUCUCUCCACCGCCGACCUCAGCAUAGCAAUCGGCUCCGGUUCCGAUAUCGCCCUCUCAUCUUCUUCAUUCAUCCUCAUCAACUCCCGCCUAACAACCAUCCUCACUCUUCUCGACCUCUCCCGCGUAGUCUUCCGUCGCGUAUACUUCAACUUCGGCUGGGCGCUCAUCUACAACCUCGUCGCCAUGCCCAUCGCCGCAGGCGUUUUGUUCCCCAUCACCACCGGAGGCAAACAGAUGGACAUGCACCAUAACGGCGUUGGAAUGGAGGGCGGUAUGGCGAUGGAGGAUACGGGGAGGAAGCAUAUCAGACUUGAUCCUGUCUGGGCCAGUUUGGCGAUGGCGUUGAGUAGUGUGUCUGUGGUUUGUAGCAGUUUGGCGCUCAGAAGUAGGGUGCCUGGUGUGGGGUUUAGGGUCAAGGGAGGAAAGGAGGGCAGAGAGGGCACGGUGGAUGGUGUGGAGAAGCAGAGGGUGGGAGAUCAGGAGAUGGUUUAG